AUGUCAAAAGCUUUGGAGAGCACGCUGACUGAGGAACAACGAGAAAAUUGUCGAAGGAAUCGGGAGAAUGCCUUGAGGAUUCGAGCUGAAAAAGAAAUGGAGAAGCAACUCACAGAUGAACAAAAACAACGUGUCCAGGCAAAUAGGGAACGAGCAUUGCGUUUGAGAGAGGAGCGAUUGAAAGAAUUUAGUCAACAACCUACGACGAGUACUCACAAUGAUCAAUCAAUCAAGGAAUCGGGCAAACCGCCAAUUCAAACUGUCGUCGUCCGUCCUCCUGUGCGAAACGCUCUUGAUCAAGCAGCCGUUUUGCGCCCACUUCAGCUACAAAGUCCAAAACCUGCGGGAAUUCCGGCAACAAAUCUCCCAAAGCCAAAGUCUAUCGUGACGAUGAAAAUUCUUGAUGAAAACACGAUUGUUAUCAAUCUCAACCCAUACCAUGAACUCAUCAACGAUGCACUGCGGAAAGUGCCUUCUCGACGUUAUGAUGGAAAGAUACGAAAAAACGUCAUUCAUAUCAAAGACUUGCGAAUGUGCGAGAAUUUGUUGCAAAAGCUGACACAAAUUGACAUUGUACUUGAGUCUAUUCCGGACGAUGCGUUCAGAGUUUUGACAAGGACUUCCACUCUUCAACCGGUUCCUGAUGAUCUCAAGCAAGCAGUUGAUCCGGAUCUCAUCAAGUUUGCUUACGAUUAUCAGAUCGAAGGAAUAAAAUUUGGAAUUGCAAGGAAUGGCAAGGUGUUGAUUGCUGAUGAAAUGGGACUCGGGAAAUCGAUUCAAGCUCUUGGAAUCGCACGGUUUUUCAAAACGGAAUGGCCUCUGGUGAUCGUGUGUCCAGCUGCUGUGACAACCACAUGGAGAGACGCAAUUCUACGAUUUCUGCCUCAUACCAUCAAAAUAGAGAGGAUCCAUUUGUUGCUUAGUAAGUCUGUUCCAAUGCCAAUAGAUCGACGUUCCUCCACAAUUGUGAUUAUGAGCUACGAUCAGAUGAAGUUGCGGGAGGAAGAAUUGCUCAAGCAACGUUUCCAGGUGUACAUUUUCGAUGAGAGUCAUCAACUCAAAGAGAUAAAAGCGAAGAAAACAUCGACAGCACAAAAAUUGUGCAAAUUCGCCAAUCAUGUGAUUUUGCUUUCGGGAACACCAGCUCUUUCAAAACCAGCAGAAUUGUACAGUCAAGUUCGGUUGAUUGAUCCAACCUUGUUUCCCAAAUUUGAAACUUUUGCGACUCGGUAUUGUGAUGGACGCCCCGGAAACUAUGGUUUUGAAGCAAAGGGUUGCACGAAUAAUGAGGAACUUUCGGCCAUUCUCUCCAAAUGUGUGAUGAUUCGUCGGAUGAAAAAUGAUGUUUCAGAAAAGUUGCCUCUGAAAAAGCGAGAACUCAUUUUCAUCGAAGACAACAAAAUCAAUUUGAAAUUGGAAAGCCUUCAAAUGGCUAAACGACUUUUUGAGAGAAACAAAUCGUCUGGCGGUGACAUUUUUGUCAAGAAUGGCUCCGGUGAAGGUACUAUCGUCGAUUAUUAUCGAGAGACUGGAAUGGCAAAGGCAACUGCUGUCACAGAGCAUGUUAUCCGAAAUUAUUUUGCAAAUUUUGAAGCUGGUGUUAGGCCAGAAAGAAAAGUUCUAAUCUUUGCUCAUCAUCAGAUUGUCUUGGAUACAUUUGAAUACGAGAUGACUCGGCGCGGAGUGGGAUUUGUCCGAAUUGAUGGAACUACGUCUCAGGCCACUCGUGGUCUUCACUGUGAUCGUUUUCAAAUUGAUGACAAUUGCUUUGUAGCGCUUUUGUCUAUCACAGCGGCUGGUGUUGGAAUUAAUUUGACUGCGGGAUCAAUUGUGAUUUUUGCGGAGUUAACUUGGACUCCCGGUCUUCUACAACAAGCUGAAGAUCGAGCACACCGAGUGGGGCAAAAAGAAGAGCGAAACUUGCUUUGUAAGAUGCAAGGGACCACCGAAGAAGAGAAAGAGCAAAAGGUGGAAGAAAAAUCAAACCUGCCUCUUCAUUCUUCAAAGCCUCCGUUGAAACGACAACAAAUUUUGGUAGAACGUCCUUUCACCCUGGAGUCUUCAAGCUUGUGUAACCUUGAAUCUACUUCCUCACAUCAGAGUAAUUCGCCCACUUCAUCAAGAGCCUCUCCUCCAUCUCAGCAAAAUAACGUACAUCUCUCGCCUACUUCAUCUUUUCGACAUAAUCGGCCGUCAAACAUCAUUAUAAAGGAUCCAAUUGCAAAUCGUUUAAGUACACCCGGUGAGAGCAUCCAUGUGCCGCCAGUAUUGCUUUCUCCAGUCCUCUCUCGGCCAGUUCGCAGUUCUUCUGCUGCCAGCAGUCCAUUGCCAAUUCGAUGUCAUCAAAACUCGGAUUCUGAUGGAGAUUUAUCCCCAUGGCGUGCAAGACUUUCAUCAGGCGGAGUUCGUGAGCGUCCUAAAUCGCGCGGAGGGACCCGCCCUGUGACUCCCGCAAUUUCUCCCACGCUUAUGCAAAGAAGCACAAGCGGCAGCAAACUAGCGGCUAUUUAUGCCCAACAUCGACACUGCUCAUCGGGAUCGGGAAACCUUUUGCCGACAAGAGCGCUUGUUUCAAGAACAGACUCCGAUGUUGGCGCACGUCCCCAACGGAGAAGAAGCCGACGAAGACCAUCGUUCAAUCGUAACCACGGUGUGUGCUCCGAAACUUCAGUCGACUCUUGCUCUUCAUCAUCAUCGAACCUUUUGAGAAUGAAAUCUUCAUUGGGCCACUCUGAUCCACAACUUAGCCACAAUGCAUCACCAUCAAGCACUCAAGGGCUUUCGAGUAACUUACCUCAAGUCCGAUUGCGGAAAGAUCUCGUCUCGCAAUCAAAUCGUGGAUCUGUGGUUCGUCGAUCGUUCAAUGCGUCAACGUCACCUGUUGUGCCUCCAAGGUGCCGAUCUCCUGCUGGGCGUGGACUUCUUUCAAAUGCUCAACAACCGUCCACAUCUUCCGGGGUUCAUCAUAUACGGACGACUGCGCCAGCCGCCGUUUCACUUCGUUCCUACUCUCAAAGAAGCGGUAGUGCAUUGAUGGCUCCACAUCCAGAUCAUCGUCGAUGGUCGUUAGCGAGUCUUCCGUCAACCAGUGGAUAUGGAACACCUGGCAGCAAUUCGGCUUUCUCUGUUGGAACUUCAAGCCAAUAUUCUUCUUCCGAGCAGCUAUGUGAUAUGGUAGAAGGUCUGAGAGUUGGCGGAGUGCGAUUCGACUCUGGUGAAAAUGCUCCAGGUCAUGAUGACAACUUCUUGGGAUUUCGACCUCGCAGCCGGAGUUUAACGAGUCCCGUGAAAUUCGGCGCAGAAUACAAUCCUGAUGUGCUUAACAGAACGUGUGUCUACAAAGAAAGAUUUCCAAAAGCCAAACAGCAAAUGGAGGAAAAAUUGAAUGCAUUUGUAUUGGAAAAUGCGCCACUUUCAGGCGGAGCAAAUUUGGGUGAAUCCGAAAAGUUGAGCGACAACAAACACCAUCGAAAGAGUAUGGUAAUGACAGCGGAAAUGAGUGCCGAUCCAAAAUUGCUGAGACUCAUUGCUGAUGGAGCCACCCGUUUUCUGCAUCACCAGAUUGUUGAAAUAGCGUCUGAUUGCUUGGCCCGAUCCCGAGAUGAUACAAUAACUUGCGGUUAUUUCUGCGAAAUGAGCCAAAGAUUGGAUGAAACAUUGACGGAGGCAGCUCUGAAGACGAGUACCGAUUCACAAGCUUAUCUCGGAAAACUUGUCAAGCAAUUGUUGAUGAUAGUGUCUCGCCCCGCCCGCUUGCUUGAAUGCUUGGAAUUUGAUCCGGAUGAAUUUUAUCAAUUGUUAGAAGAAGCGGAAGGCGUUGUGCGGGAACAACUUGGAUCUGGAUCUGCGAGAGUUCCUGAUCUUCCACAAUAUAUUAUUGGAAAGCUUGGUUUGGAUAGAGAUCCGUUAAUGGAUGAAGAACGAACGGGUAAUUCUCCACCUCUAUCUGCGAAUCAGGGUGAAUCUGGUCCUUCGAUGAGUCACGAAAUUGAAAAAUCUCAAGUUGUUUGGCCUCCCCCUGAAAACAAGGCACCAACCGAAGAUGAUUAUGAAACAAUUCGUCUUGUGUCAAAUGGAGCCUAUGGAGCAGUUUAUCUAGUACGUCAUCGAGAAACAAGACAACGUUUCGCUUUGAAGAAAAUGAAUAAACAGACUCUCAUUCUUCGCAAUCAAGUCGAUCAAGUAUUUGCUGAGAGAGAUAUUCUUACGAUGGCCGAUAAUCCAUUUGUUGUCUCCUUUUAUGGUUCUUUUGAAACGCGACAUCAUUUGUGUAUGCUGAUGGAAUAUGUUGAGGGUGGAGAUUGCGCCGCUCUUCUCAAAAAUGCUGGCACUCUUCCGUUAGAUUUAACAAGAUUGUAUGUAGCCGAGACGAUUUUGGCCAUCGAAUAUUUACAUUCAUAUGGCAUUGUGCAUCGUGAUUUGAAGCCUGAUAACUUACUUAUUACUGCAAUGGGCCACAUCAAACUGACCGACUUCGGAUUGUCAAAAAUCGGCUUGAUGAAUCGAACAACGCUUGUCGUAGAAACGGAAACAGAGACUCAACAAUUCAAAGAUAAACAACUUUGUGGAACACCUGAAUAUAUUGCCCCGGAAGUGAUUAUUCGUCAGGGGUACGGCAAACCCGUCGAUUGGUGGGCACUGGGAGUGAUCUUGUACGAGUUUCUUGUUGGGAUUGUCCCAUUCAUUGGAGAUAGUCCUGAAGAUCUCUUUAGCAAAAUCAUUUCAGAAGAUGUUGAAUAUCCAGAAGGUGAAGAGGCGUUGAUUCCAGAAGCUGAAGAUCUCAUAAAACAUUUACUCGAGAAAAAUCCAGUUUAUCGACUUGGAACACAAGCUGGAGCCCCGGAAAUCACCAUUCACCCAUUCUUCCUUGGACUGGAUUUUCAUUCACUUUUGCGACAAAAGGCUGAGUUUGUACCUCAAUUGGAGAAUGAAGAAGAUACCUCGUACUUUGACACGCGUGCUGAUCGAUACAACCAUGACGCGGAAAGUGGGGGUGAAGAGGAUCCAAAUGGAAUUGCUGCUUCUGGAGCGCACAUGUUUCAAUCAUUUAGCACGGCAUCACCUCGUCAUUCAAUUUGUGGAAUUGAUCCAGCUUUCUUGCCGCAUCAAGCAUCAAAAGAUGGAUCAACUUCUCCCUUACCAACUCGGGCUCAUGAUCGAUUCCGUAAAUCUUCUCAGCAAAGCAGCGAAGAUCAAUCAACUUGUGAUAGCUUCGAUUUUCAAGACAAAUAUGCUGAGGCUCCGCCAAUUCCGACGGCUGUUCUUUUACGGCGAAGAUUUUCAUCACAGCGACAAACGAACUUAUCGUCUGGAACCUCAUCAUCUGGUACAACAGGUGCAGAGCGUGGAUCGGGGACAGCCUGCAGCAGUACUGACAGCAGUAUGGAUGCUACCUUUAUGCAUACACAUAAUUCUGGUCAUUAUGCUCAUCAUCCACUUGCUGAACAACGACGGUCUCCAUUGCCUCGCUUUGCUAUCAGCUGUGAUCCAGACGAUGAGAAUGUUUCUUCGCAUCCAAAUCAACGCCCAAAAGAGCUCAGUCCCGUUGAAGAAGCAACGAGAAAAACCUCAGAAUCAAGCGUACCACUUCAACUUGUGAUUCCAUCGGCUUCUGGAGUCGCGUCUACCUCACAUUCUCCGGCUCAUUCUGUUUCAUCGACCUCAUCUGUUGAUGGUUCGCCUGCCAGUAUUGUUCACGGACACCAGAUAGAUCCGACGGCACAUAAAACGAUAGUUAUUCGGAAAGGCCCACUUGGAUUUGGUUUUACAAUUCGUUCCGUGCGUGUUUAUCUGGGAGAACACUCUGAAUAUUACACAAUCGAACAUAUGGUGACAGCGGUGGACGAAGGAAGUCCAGCAUACGUGGCGGGAUUGCGAUCUGAUGAUUUGAUCACUCAUGCGAAUGGGCAAGAAGUUCACAAUCUACCUCAUCCCGAAUUAAUGAGGAGAUUGCUUGGUUGUGGAAACGAAUUAACGCUAAGCGUUACCCCGUUGUCUGCAACUUCAAUUCGAGAGGGAGCAGCACGAAAGUCAGUUGGCAAGCUCGCACGAAAGAAACCGAAACGACCACAACAACGCCGUGGACCGAUGGAGAAGAAAUCAAGAAAGCCAAGCAGUCUUUUGAGAAGAUUGAGUGGGAAACGACCAACAGAAGUUUUGCCCGGGACAAGCACUCAAAAGCAGACAUUCAUGCCUAGAUCGGUUUCAUCACAAGAUGGUUCGAUUCUCUCCCCUUUCUCAACUUCGGCUUCAGCUCUUCCAUCAGGUCCUAACACAGCCGGAGGAACACAAAUGACGGUACCAAUGGCAUUUCACAAACGAUUGUCGGAUGUGGGAAUUCGAGAAGAACCUCGAUCUUCUCCACUUGCCAAUUCGACUCGUCCUAACUCAUUGCAUGGAUUAAAGGGAAGCAAGCAUCCGAGCAUUCCAGUUUCAACAACGAAGAAUGCAUCCUCUCCAAUUCCAGUUUCACCUUUGGCUCGCACCCAUCCAGAACAGCCGCCAUCGCCUACACGAUCUCCAAGCCCAUCUGGCUCAAAAUUCCCUGGGCGCAAUCUCGUGAGCAAACUUCUUCAUGGAAGCAAAAAU